UGGAUGAUGAUUAAGGGUGUCAACAGCAUACAAAAUUAUUGGGCCAAUGCUGUACUCAUUGGUUGGGAGGUUGUCACAAAUUAUUUUGUUAAUUUCUUUGGCAGUUUCACGCAAUCCUACAAG